AUGAUAUCCCUUUCUAUUCUCCCGCUUCUAGCCUUUGGGCUCAUUUGCUCUGCGCAGCCACUUGAAAAGCGGCAGUCAACCAAUACCACCUCCUUCAAACUAUAUGCGUAUGGCCCAGACAUCAGUGGACUGCCCAUCUUCUAUUUGAACGUCACCGCCUCCACUGAUGGGUCGAACAUCUUCACGGCACAUCCCAGUCCCACUGAGGGAGUUGCCACGCUCUCGACUAAUACCAAUAAUCUGUGUCUAGACCAGGGAAGUACAGACUCCAAUCCAGUCGGAUUCACUGGAUCGUCAUCAAGGGAGCAGACGAACCAGCUUAGCAAUGUGUGGUCCCUGUAUGGAAGCUACGUGCUAGUCAGUGUGAGCGGGGCCAACUUUUAUGCGCGACAGACUGAGGACGGCUUGUACUCUGUGCUUUGGAGUAGCUCAGCUGAGGCGAUGACGGAUACUAUACCGCUAGUACUGAGGACUACUGAGCCGGCAACGGAGUCUGUACUGACCUGA